UAGAAUUAAGAACCUACUAACAAGUGAAAUUUUUAUUAUUUAAAAAAUUUUACUAAAAACUGUUUGUAUAACCCAAAAUAUGUUUGUUUUAUAUACAAUAAAGUAAAAGAUAAAAUGGAAGAACUUUUAUCAAAAGAUAUUUUUAAGGAAUAUGAAUUGUCAAGACAUGAUCCUGACUUCGUAUCAUCAGACGUUAGUCUCCGGUUACAGAUAAGAAGAGACAUGGUAAGUAUCAUAGGACAUAGUAGCUUAUCUCGUUGCAACUUCAGUUCAGCGUUGACCUGCCUACUGAGACAAAUUUGUAGUUAUAUAUUUUCAAAUUAAAUUAUGUAAUGUGUGAUAAUAAAGGUAUUAGAUAAUUUCAUAUAUUAUUUCAACAGGCGAAGGACACACACUCUCAUAGACAUUUAUCAAAGACUGACUCAAAAACAAAGUUUAAGCGAAAAGUAUUCAAUAACUCGUAUACUGUAAAUAACGAAAUCGCAAAAGUCGGCAGCUUAUUUAGAAGUAUAGACGCAAAAAAUAAUCUUAUGUCCAAGAAACACAGGUUAUCAAAUAAUUUAAUACCAAUAUCCAACCGACCACCUGAUGAGUUUCAACUCAUAAAAAGCGAAGUGGAUACGUUUGUACAGAAUUUUAACGAAAUAUCUGAUUUAAAGGUUGAAAGCGCCGAUACAUUUAAGGUUUUACCAAAUAUCAAACGACAGGUGUUUGAUUUUGAUAAAUCAGUGCCGAAAUUAAAGAAAAACGAAAUAGCAAAGGAGGUUAAACAUAAGAAACAAAACACAGUUGACACCUUUGAAGAUGUGGAUACCUUUGUAGAUGAUUUUAGUUUUAGUAAUAAUAACGAUUUGCAAUCGCUUUUAGUGAUGAUGACACUUUCAUCUAAUUAUAAUGAUGACGUUAGUGUCGAGGAAGAUGGCGACAAAGAACGAACAGAAAACGAUCUUUAUCCACAAAUUGACAAUCAACUUGAAGAAUAUGACACUGAACGUAAUGCGGAAAUAACCGAUAUUUUAAAAAUCUCCUCGUUUAAAAAAGAAAACACAGAUCAUAAACACAAUAUAGCAAGAAAAUAUGUUGAUAAAUGGAAAAUGUAUAAAUGUGUGAAAAUAAAAACCGAAAACAAGUUAAAACACACAAGAAAAGAGGCCGUUGAUAAAUUUUUAGAUAAACUCAAACAAGCCAAAAACAGUACAGAGCCUGAAGAUCGAUCUAAAAUGCUAGUUCGAGAUUACAAUAGUUAUCAUCACAGGUACAAGAUGCAAAAGCAUAUAAUUGCGUUACAGAAAGCUAAACUUGAGCAGCAAAAUAAAGUAAUAGAGGAAUUGAAAUAUAAUAAAAUAAUCGAUGCUUCAAAGCAGUCGUUGAGUUGUAUGAAAGAUGAAGUGCGAAAAACCUAUUAUGACAUCGACAAACAUUUGAAACCUAAGAUAAAAUGUUUAACGAAUGAACUCAACAUUACGGAAAUAGAAGAGCCCUCAUUGGUUUUACAAUGUUUAAAAGUGCCAAAAUUUUUACAAAGAAUGGAAGCAAGAGCGCGCGAAAGAGACGAAAAACAUGCAGUAAUAAGAGAAAGGCGUAAACAAAUUGAGGAAGAAAAGUUAAGACUAAAGCAGCAGGCAGAGCUGGCAAAGGCUGAAAUGGAUAAAGAGGAAAAAACUAAACGCAUAAAAGACUUGAAACAAAAAAGAAGAAAGGAAAAAAUUGAAAACAUACGUAAAAAGCAACACGCAGAAAGAAUGAGAGCACUAAUGGUUAUGGCCGAUUUACAUUACGAAAAGAGUUUAAUGAUACGAUAUGGUGUGCGGCCAUUUCAGAUUUUAAUACAAAUAAAACGGGACAACCUAGAUCGAGCGAAGGCGCAUUACAAAUUUCAAUUAAUUAAAAAUAUAUUUUUACAUUGGAUGUUUUAUACGGAGGAUAUGUGGUUUGAGAGAAAUUUUAGAGCUGAGGAACAUUAUAGAAAAAAGGUUUUAAGGCGAGCAUUUGAUUCUCUAAAAAAGAAUCAUUACAAUUAUAUCGUGAAGAAGCAAGUCGCCGAAGAUUACUACGAUUUCUAUGUAACUCAAUUAGUUUUUAGAAAGUUUUGCGAGGGCAUCAAUGUCGUUAAACAAGAGAUUGAAUUAAAAUGGGCAGCAGCUGUUAAGUAUCACAAUUGUAAUGUUAUUUUCAAGACUUUCACAUGUUGGAGGGCGUUGCCUGCGUUGAAUGCGCUCAAGCGAGACCAAGAGGCUCGCAAACGUAAAUGGAGACAGAAAGUCAUGCUGGUACUACCAGAUUAUAGCCCCCCAGAAGACUGAUUUCAUGACAGUGCAUUUUCUGAGCAUGGGACAUUCAAUUUACAUUAGUCAUUAAGGGUUAAACGUUUUUAUUGGAUAUGUAUUCUAUAAGGGUUUUAUAAUAAACAAUACGAUAGCAAUAAAUUAU